AUAUUGCAAUUUUGGUCACGUUUAUAUAAGUAGGAAUUUAAAGAUAAAGUUUAAAAGUCGAUUCUUUUUCAGCAGUGUACUGAUUUAAUCCCAUUUUCAACUUUUUUUGGUUGUUUGUUUAUUGCAUCUUUUUGUGAUAUUAGUUGCAUCCUCAUCAUCCAUGCUACAUCCUCCACAGUUGUUUCAUCAAAGUCUGCCACAGUUGGAACCAAACUUUAAAACAUGGAUAUGAGAAAAAAUGCUUUUUUGUCUAUGCGUAAAAGAAAAAUGGUUUGUUCAGUGCUGUCAGCUUUCUUAGUUUUAGCACUCUUUUUAACAAGUACUCAUAUAAAAGAACUUAACGUUGAAAAUAAAGUACUAUUCAUUCAUGCGCCAAAAAACAUCAUUUAUGAGACGAAAGAAAUUGAAGAUAAAGGUCCAACACGAUUAGCCAGAAUGCAUCAUUUUUUGUUGAAAAAAAUGUUAGAAAAAUUAAACCAAACAAAAGUAUUGAAAAACGUUAUAGAUCAUAAAAGUCAUCUAAAUAAAAGCAAAAUCUCAGAAAAAAACCUAAACAAAGAAAGCGAGGCACUCGAAAAAAUUGUUUUUGAUUUUGUUAAAAAAAACAGCUCUAUCGUUUAUACAACAAUUAUUCUGAUCUCUUCGCGAGUGAACCAUACAGAAAGAAGAAAUUUAAUUCGAGAAUCGUGGGGAAAUUCUUCUUUUUGGAACACAAAUGAAAAAUAUUUAAUCGUAUUUGUUGUGGGCAUAGUAACAGCAAAAAAAACAGCAAGGCAAAUGCUAGAAGAGGCAAAAGUAACAAAAGAUAUCCUUUAUGCAAACGUUUCAGAAGAUUUCUACUUGCUUGCUGAAAAAGUUAUUAUUGGAUUAACAUGGGCAAAGAACAACCUUAAAUUUAAAUUUAUUUCGAAAGGAGAUGAUGAUACUUUCAUGAACAUAGAUAAUAUUAUGAAAUUUAUAAAGCGUAAUCAGGUGAAAAACGGGUAUUUUGGAAAUAAAAUAACUGGUGCACAAGUUAUACGAACUGGUCGGUACAUGGUAACUAAAGAAGAAUGGAGUUCAGACUACUACUACCCAUAUUGUUCUGGCGGCGGUUUUUUACUGACAAAUUCAAGUGUUUUUAAAAUGAUACAGCUAUUUGAUUUACAAAAAAUAUUUCGAAUAGAUGAUGCUUUUAUUGGCGAGGUUGCAUUUCAAGCAGGAAUAAUAGUGCAUGGAGUAAAUGGCUUUUAUAUGUUCAACUUUGGUUGUGAGUAUAGCAAAGAUAUUAUGGUUUCACACCCUUCAUCAGAUCUUGGAUGUAACAGCUUUCUUCUAAAGAGGCAUUUAAUUGACAAUAAAAAAAUUCCAAGAGAUGUAAAACUUGAAAGUAUUAAGUGUUACAGUAUCAGAUUGUUAGUAUUUGUUAAUUCUUUAUGUUCGUUAUUGUUUAGUUUUAUGUUGUUAAAAAGAGAAUUCUAUAUCAAGAAUAUAUAA